ACUCGAAUUGAAACAUCUCUCUAACACUAUAAGGCUGCAGUCUCCUGCCAUUGCCCUCUCAUCCCCUCUCUCUCUCUCUCUCUCUCGUUGUCUAAGCUAUCUAUCUCAAUCUCUCUCCACCUAGCAGAGAAAAAAUGGGCAGUGAUGCUCUUGUUCAUGUCUUUCUAGUGUCCUUUCCAGGGCAAGGACAUGUUAACCCUCUACUUAGACUUGGCAAGCGACUUGCUUCCAGAGGUCUGCUUAUCACCUUCUCUGCACCGGAAAGCAUCGGAAAACAAAUGCGAGAAGCCAACAACAUCACCGACGAACCAACUCCGGUAGGUGAUGGCUUCAUCAGGUUCGAAUUCUUCGAAGAUGGAUGGGAUGAAGACGAUCCCAGACGCUACGAUCUUGAUGCCUACAUGCCUCAAAUUGAACUCACUGGAAAGGAGGUACUCCCUCGUAUGAUCAAAAAACAUGAGGAGGAAAAUCGCCCAGUUUCAUGCCUCGUAAACAACCCCUUUAUUCCUUGGGUUUCCGACGUCGCCGAGACUCUUGGCCUCCCCAGUGCCAUGCUCUGGGUGCAAUCUUGUGCUUGCUUAUCAACUUACUACCACUAUUAUCACAAAACAGUGCCUUUUCCUAGUGAAAUCGAACCCGAAAUUGAUGUUCAAUUACCAUCCAUGCCUGUACUGAAAUAUGAUGAAGUACCUAGCUUUUUACACCCUUCAACUCCAUAUCCAUUCUUGAGGAGGGCCAUUUUGGGUCAGUACAAGAACUUGUCAAAACCUUUUUGUAUAUUAAUGGACACAUUUCAAGAGCUUGAACAUGAGGUUAUUGAGUACAUGUCAAAGCUUUGCCCUAUCAAACCCAUUGGCCCAUUAUGUAAGAACCCUAAAGCUAUUAGCUCAGCCAUUCGUGGUGACUUCUUGAAGGCCGACGACUGCGUCGGGUGGCUCGAUUCGAAGCCUCCCUCCUCCGUCGUGUACAUCUCUUUUGGCAGCGUUGUCAGCUUGAAGCAAGGGCAAAUCCAUGAAAUUGCUUAUGGACUUUUGAAAUCAGAAGUCUCCUUCUUGUGGGUCAUGAGGCCACCCCAAAAAGACUCCGGCUUUGAAGCGUCAGUUUUACCAGAUGGGUUCUUGGAAGCCGCAGGUGAUAAGGGAAAGGUGGUGCAAUGGAGUCCACAGGAGCAAGUGCUCAGCCACCCUUCGGUGGCGUGUUUCGUGACACACUGCGGUUGGAACUCAUCGAUGGAGGCAAUUUCCAGUGGCGUGCCCGUGGUGGCGUUUCCUCAAUGGGGUGAUCAAGUUACUGAUGCCAAAUACUUGGUUGACGAGUUCAAAGUUGGAAUUAGAAUGUGUAGGGGUGAGGCUGAGAAUAGGAUAAUACCUAGGGACGAGGUGGAGAAGUGCUUGCGAGAGGCUACCAACGGGCCAAAGGCCGCGGAGAUGAAGGAAAAUGCUUUGAAGUGGAAGAAGGCGGCAGAGGAGGCGGUGGAGGAGGGUGGCUCCUCCGAUCAAAAUAUGAAAGCUUUUGUGGCGGAGGUCAAGAGGUUAAGUGUGAAUGUUUCUAUGAAGAAAGCCAAGGAAUGAGUCUUGUGCCAAUGGUUGAAUGAUACGUUUGGCAAUUUGACUAUAUACGAAAAAACUGCUAUGUUAGGCAACUUCGGCAAUUCAUGUAUAUGUUUUGUUAGUAUUUAUAUAUAGAACUGUAAAAUUCUAUUAGCUUGAAAACAUAAUACUCAUUUUAUGCCUUGAGUGAGAAUUUCGAUUAUCCUAUCUCAAUAGUUUUAUACUAUUUACA